AGGCCUGUAUCACAUGCAUUUCUACCAUAAAAGUCAUAUGAAAAUGUCCCAAAAGUCAUAGGAUGGAUUGUUGAAAGAAAUUCGGAUUAGCGUUGCAAUACACACCUAUUUAUAAAUUUUAUUGUACACACGAUGUGUCCAAUGUCCUGCGUGCGCAAUUAAUGGAUCCUGCCUUGCCCUCUCGGUAAUGUUCGCCUUGCCUCGACUAGGGUGCUUCCUUAGCGGCUCGUGUGCGAAUGAUACGACUACUUCAUCUGUCCUUUUUCUUUUGUCGAAUGUCAUCGGCCGUUUCAUGUCCUAUCUACAAAGUAUUAACUCAUUCCGCGUUUGAGCUUUGGACGAAACGGUUGUUGCCGCUCGUCCUCUCGUGUGUGUUGUGGUUUAAGUGUUGUGGGUGCUGCGCUGAGUCGCCGCUCUCUCUUCACUGAUCGGGCUGUGCCCGGCCCCUCAUUUUGUUUUAGUGACUGUUUUUAUUUUUUGAGUUGGACAAGUGACUAAAAAGUGAUAAGUGAAGUGUCCCAGUGAGUGUGACAUGGCACUCUUUACAGGAUUUGCCGCUCUCGCGGCGCUGAUCCUUUUAGGGUCAGUGUCGUGUGAGGACGAGACGAUAGGACCCAUAUUUAUGAAGGAACCCCCAAAUCGAGUUGACUUCAGUAACACGACCGGUGCCGUAGUGGAAUGUGCUGCCCGAGGAUCCCCCGCUCCCGACGUCAUUUGGGUCCGAGCUGAUGGAACUGCUGUCGGAGAUGUCCCCGGAUUACGACAGGUCUUGCCGAAUGGUAACCUCGUAUUUCCUCCGUUCCGUGCUGAGGAUUAUCGUCAAGAGGUUCAUGCCCAAGUGUACGCUUGUUUAGCUAGAAAUCCAGUUGGUACCAUCCACUCCCGAGAUGUUAACGUACGAGCUGUGGUGCAGCAGCAGUAUGAAUCAGAAGUAAAUAACGAAUACGUAAUUCGUGGAAAUUCUGCUAUUCUGAAAUGCUCUAUUCCAUCAUUCGUAGCAGACUUUGUAAGUGUCAUAUCUUGGCACGAUGAUUUAGAAAACUCUUUCACUAUUGAAGGAUCAAAGGAAGGAGAUGAGGGGAAAUAUUUAGUACUACCAUCUGGUGAAUUACAUAUCAGAGAUGUUGGUCCCGAGGAUGGAUACAAAUCGUAUCAGUGCCGAACUAAACAUAGACUUACUGGCGAAACACGCUUGUCGGCUACUAAAGGAAGAUUAGUCAUCACUGAACCGGUGGGCCGAGUUCCUCCUAAAUUUGCAAGUGUACUAACUGGAACUAUGUUCGAAGUUAAGAAAAAUGAAUCUUAUGCGUUGCAGUGCCCUGCACAAGCAUUCCCAACCCCACUAUUCAGAUGGUAUAAAUUUAUUGACGGAUCGACACGUAAACAACCAGUAACACUUAAUGAUAGAGUAAAACAAGUGUCUGGUACCUUGAUCAUUAAAGAGGCAAAAGUUGAGGACUCCGGAAAGUAUCUUUGUGUUGUAAACAAUUCUGUAGGAGGCGAAUCAGUAGAAACUGUUUUGACUGUAACCGCUCCCCUCAAAGCUGCUGUUGAGCCAGCGACACAAACUGUAGAUUUUGGACGACCCGCUGUAUUCACUUGCAAAUAUGAAGGCAACCCCAUUAAAACUGUUACUUGGUUAAAGGACGGCAAGGACAUGAACCAUCAUGAUGCUGUUUUGAGAAUCGAAUCGGUCAAGAAAGAGGACAAGGGCAUGUAUCAGUGUUUUAUUCGGAAUGACCAGGAGAGUGCCGGUGCUAGCGCUGAACUGAAACUUGGAGGACGAUUCGAACCGCCUCAAAUUCGUCACAGCUUCGGCGAGCAAACCCUCCGGUCCGGUCCUUCGCUGCGGCUGAAAUGCAUCGCAUCCGGCAAUCCGACUCCCGAUAUCACGUGGUUCCUCGACGGCGACAAACUGUCCAGCGGUGAACGGCUGCAAAUCGGACAAUUUGUCACAGCUGAUGGAAAUGUUGAAUCGCACCUUAACAUCUCCUCAGUUCAGACCAACGACGGUGGAUUGUACUCGUGUGUGGCACUAAGCAAGGUCGGCAGCGCUUCACACUCAGCUCGCGUUAACGUUUAUGGUCUGCCUUACAUCCGCCCUAUGAAGAAACGCCCAGUUGUUGCCGGUGAUACCCUCAUCGCCCACUGCCCCGUCGCCGGAUAUCCCAUCGAUUCUAUUGUGUGGGAGCGAGAUGGCCGAGUUCUACCCAUCAACCGCAAGCAGAAAGUCUUCCCCAACGGGACUCUCGUUAUUGAGAACGUAGAGCGUAUUAGCGACCAAGCCACUUACACUUGUGUAGCUAAGAAUUCACAGGGAUACAGUGUCAAAGGAAAUCUCGAACUUCAAGUUAUGGUUCCUCCGCACAUCGUUCCGUUUGAGGCUGAAGAGCCAGUUUUUGCUGGAGAAUCCGUACAAUUGAACUGUCAUGUUUCCAAAGGCGAUAUUCCUCUUACUAUAACUUGGACUUUUCACGGGGAGGAACUAUCCUCUCACCAAGGAAUUACUACUAUGAAGAUUGGCAAGCGCUCAUCGUUGUUGACAAUAUCUAGUGCAACAGCAAGUAACAGCGGCGAAUAUUGGUGUCAUGCCGCAAAUCAUGCUGGCGUGGCUAUCCAUUCUGCCUCAGUUAAUGUCCACGUUCCUCCACGUUGGAUUUUGGAACCCACUGAUAAAGCCUUUGCGCAAGGAUCAGAUGCCAAGGUCGAAUGUAAAGCCGAUGGUUUCCCUAAGCCUCAAGUUACAUGGAAAAGGGCCGAAGGGGACACACCUGGCGACUACAAAGACCUAAAGCCAAAUAAUCCUAAUGUAAAAGUAGAAGAUGGGGCAUUAACUAUUAAUAAUAUCCAAAAAACAAACGAAGGUUAUUAUCUGUGUGAAGCUGUCAAUGGAAUUGGUUCUGGACUAUCUGCUGUAAUCUUAAUUAGCGUUCAGGCACCACCUCAGUUUGAAAUUAAAAUGAGAAACCAAACUGCACGUCGCAGUGAACCAGCUGUACUACAAUGUCAAGCCAAGGGUGAAAAGCCAAUUGGAAUAAUCUGGAAUAUGAACAACAAACGUCUCGAACCCAAAUCUGACCCACGUUACACAAUUCGCGAAGAAAUUCUGCCUGGAGGAGUUGUUUCUGACUUGAGUAUUAGGAGAACUGAACGAUCAGAUAGCGCCUUAUUCACUUGCGUGGCUACCAAUGCCUUCGGUUCUGAUGACACCAGUAUUAACAUGAUUAUACAAGAGGUUCCCGAAGCUCCCUAUGGUUUAAAAGUUUUGGACAAAUCUGGAAGGACAGUGCAACUUUCUUGGGCCGCGCCUUAUGAUGGAAAUUCUCCUAUUAAGAAGUUCCUUAUUGAGUACAAGCGCGCUAAGGGAAAUUGGGAAAAAGAUAUUGAUAGAGUUCUUGUCCCUGGCGAUGCGACAGAAGCUGGUGUAUUUAGCCUAAGACCUGCUACUGCUUAUCACAUAAGAAUUGUCGCUGAAAAUGAAUUGGGCACUUCGGAACCAUCAGAAACAGUAACUAUUAUCACUGCUGAAGAAGCACCUACUGGACCACCGCAAGACGUGAAAGUAGACGCUGUAGAUAAACAUACGCUGCGAGUAACGUGGAAGCCUCCUCCAUCCCAAGAUUGGAACGGCGAACUCCAAGGAUAUUAUGUUGGUUACAAAUUGGCCUCAAGCAACAAAUCGUUCGUAUUUGAAACUGUAGAUAUCUCAAAAGAAUCGGGUAAAGAACAUCAUCUUGAUAUUUUAAAUUUAAAGACAUAUACACAAUACGCUAUGGUAGUUCAAGCAUUUAACAAAAUGGGUUCUGGUCCAGUUUCUACCGAAGUUAGAGCAUACACCGCCGAAGGUGCUCCGUCAGCUCCUCCUCAAGAUGUUUUCUGCACAACGCUUACCGCUCAAACUAUUCGCGUUUCUUGGGUAUCCCCUCCUCUGGCUGCUGCUAAUGGACUUAUUAAAGCUUACAAGGUGAUAUAUGGACCCAGUGAAACAUGGUAUGAUGAAAAAACAAAGGACACCAAAAUCACGGCCAGCAGUGAAACCAUUUUGCAUGGACUUAAGAAAUUCACCAAUUACUCGAUGGAAGUGCUAGCGACUACGAACGGUGGUGAUGGCGUACGGUCAACCCCAAUCCACUGCCAAACUGAACAAGACGUUCCCGAAGCUCCUCGUGCUGUAAAAGCCCUUGUAAUGGGAUCUGAUUCGAUUCUCGUUUCCUGGAGACCUCCAGCACAACCUAACGGUGUUGUUACUCACUACAAUGUCUACACGCAAGCACAAAACGCCGAACCUCAUCCCAAUAAGGUGCCUGCAUCUCAGACCAGCUACUCCGCAACAGAUUUGAAAGCGGGCCGAUAUGACUUCUGGGUUACGGCUUCUACUAUAAUUGGCGAAGGUCAACCCUCAGCAACAGCCUCCUGCAGCCCUAGUGACAAAGUUCCUGCGAAAAUUGUCUUUGAUGAAGCGUUCAUUGCCACAUACAAAGAAGACGUGAAGCUGCCUUGCCUUGCUGUCGGUGUACCUCCUCCAAAUAUUCUAUGGAAGGUCAAAGGACAACCAUUAGAAACACUAGAACGCAUACGCCAGCUGCCUGAAGGGUCGCUCCAGAUCGCAGGCGUGGCGCGCGAGGACGCCGGCGAGUACUCGUGUCACGUGGACAACCAGUUCGGCACAGACACCGUCACCCACACACUCUCUGUUCUUGCUCCUCCUUUCCCCCCACAACUCACUAUCGCGGCGUCAUCCGUUUCGUCACUCACCCUCCGUCUCAAGCCAUCUGCCGAAGCUGAACAGUCGCCCGCGGCCGGUUAUACCAUACACUACAAGCAAGAGUUUGGAGACUGGGAAACUGUUCAGAUUCCUGCUAACACUGAUACUUACACUUUGGAAAACUUAUUCUGCGGAUCCAAAUAUCAAUUAUAUGUCACGGCCUACAAUGGUAUCGGAACGGGAGAAGCAUCGGAUGUAGUAUUCGCUGGAACUCGCGGCUCUAAACCCCCAGUACCCAGGGCCGCUGAUUUCAUCGAGGUCGGUAGUUCCUCUGUCACACUUCACCUAAAACAAUGGCUUGAUGGCGGCUGCCCCAUGAGCCAUUUCGUAGUCGAGAACAAAAAGAAGGGUACGGCUGAAUGGAAUCAAAUCUCGAAUGCAGUUAAACCAGGCGGCAAUUUUGUUGUAUUAGACCUCGAGCCUGCUACAUGGUAUACUUUAAGGAUUACAGCCCAUAACAACGCAGGUUUUAACGUCGCUGAGUAUGAUUUCGCUACCCUUACAAUGACUGGCGGAACUAUCGCACCGCUACCCAACAAUGUGGACGGCAGCAAGGACUUGCCUGUAUGGGUGAAAGCUUGGCUGGAACCUGAAGUGUUGGUGCCGAUUCUAGCGACGAUUGUCGUAUUCAUAGUGGGAGUUGUCGUCAUAUGUCUUACCCUUGCGCGUAGAAACACACCACAUCGGCUGCGAGGUCAGAAGGACGUGUACUAUGAUGCAGUAUACAACGCGUCCCAAGCGGCGAUGGGCGGCGGCGGAGGCACGCUAGACAAACGUGGAGGACUACGUGAUGAACUUGGCUACAUCGCACCGCCCAACCGCAAGUUGCCACCCGUUCCCGGUUCCAACUAUAACACCUGCGACAGAGUCAAACGUCAGGCGGUUAUCAUGGGCGCGCAUUCAACGUGGGACCCGCGCCGACACCACUACGAGCGGGUGCGGCGCCCGCGAAUGCGCCGUGCUGGUUCCGGUGACACCAUUUCCACAGGCAUGGAAGACGAAAUCUGCCCGUACGCUACUUUCCACCUGCUUGGCUUCCGUGAGGAAAUGGAUCCCAACAAGGCGCUAGCAUUCCCGCACCACCAUGCGGCGCACGCCGGCACCCUCGCACACCCACACCCACACCACCCGGCUCACUCCCGCGCUGGAUCGCAGAGCAUGCCUCGAGCAAACAGCCGCUAUGCCCGCAAAAAUUCUCAGGGAGGACAAAGUGCUAUCUACUCUACUGCGCCCGAAUAUGACGACCCGGCUACCUGCGCCGAAGAAGAUCAAUACCGUGCUCGCUACUCUCGCCCGAUGUACGCGUGUGGUCCCGAGUAUGACGAGCCCGCUUGCUGCGCACCUGAAGACGAGCAGUACACCGGCGCCUAUGGCACUCCCUACUCCGACCACUAUGGAUCACGACCCAGCAUUGGUACACGCAAAUGCGGAGGAUCCCCCGAGCCUCCCCCACCACCACCACGCAACGCCAACAAUGACAACAACUGCUCUUCCUCUUUCAAUGAAAGCAAGGAUUCGAACGAAAUUUCCGAAGCCGAGUGUGACCAACCGCGGAACUAUCCUGUCAGGGCCCACACUGCCAAGGACGGCUUGCACAGCGAGGAAAUGAGGAAACUCAUUGACAGACCAGAAGCAGCCACCCCAAUCCCCCAGCAAGCAAUCCACGGGCGGGGACUCACAGCCUACGAUACUGUGGCAGUGUAACCUGUAAAUCAGGACUGCACAACCAUACAGCGACACGCAGCCAACUUAACGUUUUUAGUUUUAUGGACCAUCAACAUCUUGCUGAAGCAAUGUGGCCCAUUUCAUUCAGCGACAGCAUUUUUCUAUACGCGCUCUUUAAGUUA